GAACAGGGAUAUGGUUAUCAAUAUAAAUAUUGUCAACCCUGCGUUGUGGUAAUACCAUAAUCGCGAACCGAUAUGACCCUCAAAUACCUCAUCACGGGCGUGACAGGCGGCCUGGGACGAUACGUCCUGGACUACUUCGUGGCGACCAGACCUCUGCACGAAUUCGCAGCUGCAUCGUCGAGAGAGUCUAACCGACAACAAUUCGAAGAUCGUGGCAUUGCCUUCCGACAGGUUAACUAUGACGAUCCCACUACGCUGGAGACCGCGUUCGAGAAUGUCGAGAAUGUACUUUUUGUCAGCACCAACACAUUCGAUAAUGAGAAGCGUCGAAAGCAGCAUCAGAAUUUCGUCGAUGCGGCGAAGAGGAAGGGUGUUAAGCAUGUAUGGUAUACAUCUCUCGCCUUCGGAGGAUUCAAGUCCGAUUCCAAGGCUGCGGUGCAGACAGCGCAUUUAGAGACCGAGGAGAUGCUUCGGAAAUCCGGAGUCACCUACACUUCCAUCCGAGAAGGCGUCUAUACCGACGCCUUCCCCGUGUUCCUCAACUGGUACCCCGACUCAACGACCGUCCCUCUCCCAUGCGACGGCCCCAUGGCAAUGACCCUGCGGUCGGAGCUGGGUGAAGCAACCGCGCGGUUGAUGAUCGCCGGCGGCCAUGAGAAUGAGAUCGUUCUACUAACAGCCGAGGACACCAUUCGACCCUCGGAGAUCGUGGAUAUCAUCAAUGCCACGACGGGUCGGCAGGUUCAGUUUCAGCGUGUGUCGCCCGAGGAAUAUAUCCAGACCUACGCUGGGAAUGAUAAGGGUGGCAAGCCCAAGACAUUUUUUGAGAAGACGUUGACGUGGUAUGAGGGCAUUGAGAAGGGCGAGUUGGUUACCACGCAUCCGUUGAUGAGGGAGCUUUUGGGCAGGGAGCCUACGAAGCCUCGUGAGGCGAUUCGCGGGUUGUUGGCGAACCCUGAUUAUACGUGGCAUCAGAACCAUGUGAACUAAAUGUAUAAUUGUAAUUAACUUAAUGGGACACGUUUUCUUUCUUGUUUGGGUCGGGUCAGCUUUGGUUAUAUCGUCCUGUGACAUUAGGAUUCACGUCUUUUUGCGCGGGUUGUAUUUGAGCAAGUGAAGAAAAGAUUCGAGAGGAGUGGUGCAUUCUGGUAGAGCAUUUCGAGGGAGUCGAAGCGCCUGUCUUUUGAGUACGAGGUGAAGACUGCAAGAAUAACGACCUGCAAGUGUAAAACAAAGCUGUGUGGCUAGGCUUGCUAUUAGACUGUUACCGGGUGAAGCCUCGGUUCCAUGGCCGUUGGUUAGAAUUAACCAUCCUUCAUGUACCCCACAGUGAGCCAAGAAGAUAAGCUGUCAUCUAAUUUGGUGAUGAAACAAGAACUCUAUCUACAAAUUAAAUCUUAUCAAUUAUGGAAACCUACGAUUCCCCGCCCAUCGGAG